AUGUUCGCACUUCUGCGCUUCUUAGAUGCAUUCGAUAAGAAGGAGUACGUUGUUCCAGCUAGUAACGUGAAAGAUUUUCAUCCCCGAAAUUACCAAUAUUUCAGCAACAACAAGUACCACGUGGCAAAUGGAUUUUGUAUUGGGAGCCAACAAGCACAAAAAAUUAUGGCUCAAAAGAAGCCAUCAUUAGUGGCAAAGGACAUGGCCCAAGCCAUAUGUGGCCGCGAGGCCCUUGCAAAUAGAACUUAUGGGGGUAAGCUGGCACCCAAACACUACAAGAAUCCAGACGCCACAGUCAGGAAACAGAUGAGUCCCGAAAAGGUGGCUCUGAUCAUCACUGCUGACGACGAGCUGCAGACUACCAACUGCAGUCUGGACACCUACUAUGGUGGCUAUAAUGGGGAGGUGUGA